CUCUCGACGGUCGAGCAAUGGCGUUCCCGGUGGUGGCCGCGCGGUUCUGCGCGCGGCGCCCGACGGCGUUCACCGUGACCAAGACCGGCUGGCCGUGGGGCCGCGACCUGACCGUCACGGACGCCAGCGGCGCGGCGGUGAGGCGGGUGUUGGGUCCCUUCUUCGGCCUCUUGGGCCGCUCCGUCCUCCUCGACGCCGAGUGGCGCCCGGUGCUCACCGUGGAGCGCUCGCCGUCCCUGUUCGAGAUCACCCGGAGGUGGGAGGCGUUCAGGGGGGAUAGCACGAGCUCCAAGGACCUGCUCUUCUCCGCCGCCGUGCAGCCUUCGCUGACCAACACGGGAGACAUCCACGUGCACCUCGACGGCGAGAGGCGCCGCGACUUCGUCGGCGUCCGCCCCUGGUACCGCGGGACUGACUGCACCGUCACCCACGCCGGCGCUACCGUUGCCCAGAUCGAAUGCUGGGGGGGAUUCAUCUCGCCGACCGAGUAUGAUGUCCGUGUCAACGAAGGCGUCGACCAUGCCUUCAUCCUGGGGCUCACCGUGGUUCUGGAGGGUAUACGGCUCGACGACGCCAACCAAGAGAGGUCACGCGCCCUCAAGAGGUCACGAGCUAGAAAUAAUAAGAACUUAUAAGUACUGAACUGUGGAUAUUUUUUAUGUGU